GCGCCUGCGCUAGCCCUCACCUCGGAGCAGCCAUGAUGGUGGGUGUUCUCGGCGGCGCCGAGCCCCGGGCGCGCGGUGGGGGCGGCGGGCACGGGGCGGGCGCGGGGAUCGCUCCGGCCUGGCACUAAUGUCUCCCUUUGUGUCUCCCCCUUCUCACCUUCUCCCUCCCGGCGCGCUGGGCCUGUCGACCCCGCAGGAAGGCCUGGACGACGGCCCCGACUUCCUCUCUGAGGAAGACCGCGGACUUAAAGCAAUAAAUGUGGAUCUUCAAAGUGAUGCCGCCCUGCAGGUGGACAUUUCCGAUGCCCUUAGUGAGAGAGAUAAAGUAAAAUUCACUGUGCACACAAAGAGUUCAUUGCCAAAUUUUAAACAGAAUGAGUUUUCUGUUGUUCGACAACAUGAGGAAUUUAUUUGGCUUCAUGAUUCUUUUGUUGAAAAUGAAGACUAUGCAGGUUACAUAAUCCCACCAGCACCACCAAGACCUGAUUUUGAUGCUUCACGGGAAAAACUGCAGAAACUUGGAGAAGGAGAAGGGUCAAUGACAAAGGAAGAAUUCACAAAGAUGAAGCAAGAACUGGAAGCUGAAUAUUUGGCAAUAUUUAAGAAGACAGUUGCAAUGCAUGAAGUGUUCCUAUGUCGGGUGGCGGCACAUCCUAUUCUGAGAAAAGAUUUAAAUUUCCAUGUCUUCUUGGAAUAUAAUCAAGAUUUGAGUGUUCGAGGUAAAAAUAAAAAGGAGAAACUUGAAGAUUUCUUUAAAAACAUGGUUAAGUCAGCAGAUGGAGUAAUUGUUUCUGGAGUAAAGGAUGUAGAUGAUUUCUUUGAGCAUGAACGAACAUUUCUUUUAGAAUAUCAUAACCGGGUUAAGGAUGCAUCAGCUAAAUCUGACAAGAUGACAAGAUCCCACAAAAGUGCUGCAGAUGAUUACAAUAGAAUUGGUUCAUCAUUAUAUGCUUUAGGAACUCAGGAUUCUACAGAUAUAUGCAAGUUUUUCCUCAAAGUUUCAGAACUGUUUGAUAAAACCAGAAAGAUAGAAGCACGAGUGUCUGCUGACGAGGACCUCAAACUUUCUGAUCUUUUAAAGUACUACUUGAGAGAAUCUCAAGCAGCUAAGGAUCUCCUCUAUCGAAGAUCCAGGUCACUAGUAGAUUAUGAAAAUGCUAAUAAAGCACUGGAUAAAGCAAGAGCAAAAAAUAAAGAUGUUCUCCAAGCUGAAACUUCCCAACAAUUAUGUUGUCAGAAAUUUGAAAAAAUAUCUGAAUCUGCAAAGCAAGAACUUAUAGAUUUUAAGACAAGAAGAGUUGCUGCAUUCAGGAAAAAUUUAGUGGAACUGGCAGAAUUGGAACUGAAGCAUGCAAAGGGUAACCUACAGUUGCUGCAGAACUGCCUGGCAGUGUUAAAUGGAGAUACAUAAGGCAUAUUCUGCCUUCCUAUUCAAAAGGGCUGCCUUUCUUCCAAUUUUAUUUUUGUUUUCUUAAUAAUGUUAGGCAUUUAUGCUCACUGGAAACAACAAAAACGCAGCUGAAAAGUGCAUAUACUCUUCUUUCUCUGAAAAAGUCCGUAAGGGAGCAACACUGUCACGCCCGGCUGAUGCCAGUCUGUGGUGUGGCCCUACUUUGUCUUCCCAGGGACAGUUGUCCGUCUUCAUGCACUUGGCCUACUCAAAAGCCCCAAGUUCAGUCUUUUUAAAGUAGCUUCCAUAACUAUCUUUAUUUUAUAAAUAGUAUUCCUUAUGGCUGCCAAUCUUACUAAAAUUAAUGAACAUUUCUUAGAUGUUUUGGGACAAACUUUAUGUAUCUUUAUAAGUAUGAUUCCGAAGGAAAGCAAAUGCAUUAGUAUGUUUGCCUUAAACUUGUAGACUAAACCAAUUCCUAUAAAAUAACCAGCGGUAACAGUGAUCGUUCUCGCUCUGUGGUCAUGGUAUCACGCUCUGGAAUCUGGAGUGGCUGUAAUAAACCGACUCCUGUCUUACACUUCACAGUGCA